AUGGCCACAGCUGCCUCCAGCCCCUACACCCUGCUCGGCUCCAGCCCCAUGAUCCACCCGGACAGCCAGGCCAUGCAGCCCGCUAGCCCCUACAGAGGACAUCAGAAACUCCUGCACAGCGACUACCUGCAGAACGUGCAGAGCAACGGGCACCCCCUCGGGCACCAGUGGGCGAGCAAUCUGUCGGAUAGCAGCCCGUGGUCGGCCUCCAUGGAGCAGCAGGACGUCAAACCGGGCAGAGAAGACCUGCAGCUCGGCAUCAUCCAUCACCGCUCGCCCCACGUCGCUCACCACUCCCCGCACCACGGCAACCAUGGCAACCACCCGGCGGCGUGGGGGACUCCGGUGUCCCACAACUCCUCCAUCAGCAGCGGACAGCAGAUCAACAUCUAUUCCCAGACGGGCUUCACGGUCAACGGCAUGCUGGAGCACGGCGGCCUCAGCCCUCCGCCCAACCCGCAGGGCCAAGCCAUGCACCCGGGCCUCAGGGACACGCUCAGCCCGGAGCACAGCGACCUGGGCGGGCACCACUGCCACGACCACUCCGACGAGGAGACGCCGACUUCGGACGAGCUGGAGCACUUUGCCAAGCAGUUCAAGCAGCGCAGGAUCAAGCUGGGCUUCACGCAGGCCGACGUGGGAUUGGCUCUGGGGACGCUUUACGGUAACGUCUUUUCCCAAACGACCAUCUGCAGGUUCGAGGCUCUGCAGCUGAGCUUUAAAAACAUGUGCAAACUCAAGCCGCUGCUGAACAAGUGGUUGGAGGAGGCAGACUCGUCCACGGGCAGCUCAAGCAGUAUAGACAAGAUAGCAGCUCAGGGGAGGAAGAGGAAGAAGAGGACGUCCAUCGAGGUCAGCGUCAAGGGAGUCCUGGAGACGCACUUUCUCAAGUGUCCCAAACCCUCCGCGCAGGAAAUCACGUCGCUGGCGGACACGCUGCAGCUGGAGAAGGAGGUGGUCCGCGUGUGGUUCUGCAACCGAAGGCAAAAAGAGAAGCGGAUGACGCCGCCCGGGGAGCCGCCGCCGCCGCCGCCUCCGCCGCCCCACGACGGCUCCUACUCGCACGGCGGCGGAGCGGGCGACGCGUCGUCCUGCCACGACCUCUGA